ACAAGUUCUCGUCUACACAAUAUAUUCUCCUUCUACUGCAUUUCAAACAGAUCAAAACCCAAUAAAAUUUCCCUGCUUUCUUAAGCAGGGAAAAAUGAACAGGCCAGGAGAUUGGAACUGCAGGUCAUGCCAGCAUCUGAAUUUCCAGAGGAGGGACUCCUGUCAGCGAUGCGGAGACCCUAGGCCCGGCGAAAGAGGUGAUUAUGGAAAUUUUGGCGGCGGACGAGGCGCUAUGUCCUUCGGCUUCACCGGGCCAGACGUAAGGCCUGGUGACUGGUACUGCACCGUUAGCAACUGCGGCGCCCACAACUUUGCCAGCCGCUCCAGCUGCUUCAAGUGUGGGGCGCACAAGGAUGAUUGCUCAGGCGGCAGCGGCGGUGGAGGAUUUGAUAGUGAAAUGUCUCGAGCUCGAGGGUUCGGAUUAGGGGGCAGCAGCCGCUCCGGAUGGAAAUCCGGUGACUGGAUUUGUGGCAGGUCAGGGUGCAAUGAACAUAACUUCGCAAGCAGGAUGGAAUGCUUCAAAUGCAAUGCACCAAGGGAAUCCGGCAGCAAGUUUUCCUACUAAAAGCGUGCAUUGAGAUUCUCUAUUUUUGGGUUCGAAGUUGAUUAACAGAGAAUCAAGAGCGGAAGAAUUUUAAUUUUGUUGGCACUCCCAAUUUCCUGUAUUUGGAUUUUUUAUAUUUAAUUUAGGAAGUUUAGGUCAAUUAUGAUUGCAAGUAGAGCUUAGUCCUUUGUUUUGUGAGCUUAAUUAGUAGCUAGUAUGAGAUAUAUCCUUGUAUUUCUUUUUGUUUUAAUCUAUUUAAUAUCAAUGUCUUUCGAAAAAAAAAAAUUAGUGUCGUUUAAUGAUAUAGCCGUCACAAAAUUUUACA